AUGUGCGCCAUCUGGCACGAAGGAGAAGUCACCUACGCCUGCGGACACGUCGGGGACCAAGGAGACGACUUUGGGGCAGGCGGGGAAACUGACUCUGACCACGGCCACACUGCCGGACGCGGCGGUGUUAUCCCGGGACUCACAUCGCAGCCUCCCAGCAACGAUUCUCCGCAGGCUUCUCAUAUUCCUCCACGCGGCAAAGAGACUGCUGAGGCUGCAGCUACGCUCAGUCCCAGGGCUCAGCAACAGGAUUCCAAGCAGAAGCAACGACAGGAGGGAGAGGAGUCCACCAAGUAUAAUGAAGCCAGCGAUGACAAGGAAAAGCUCUGCAUUUGCAAUGAGAUUGCCAAAGCCACAAAUGAGUCCGCCGCCACGGAACAUCAUGACGAUGGUCUUCCCUUCGGGUUGAUUGAAACACAAAGCACCCUCGUCCCUGGUUACAAGGAACACGCCGAGAACGAGUCCGUAAACCCCGCCGACUUGCACACCGGACCGCAAAAGUCGCCGUAA